UUUAUGAGAGUAUAAUGUUAUAACAUGAUAUAAAACUCAAAAAAGUUGAUUUUACAUUACAGUAUAUUGUCCCUUUAACUAAAAUUCAUAAGCAAUGAUUGAUUUAGUUGUUUUUAUGUUAUCUCCUUAUUAUAUUUUCAGUUUCAAGCUAGUUCAGUGACCUUUGUGGGUUUUUCUUUCUUUAACUAAAAAGUAGAAACAUAUUUAUUCUGGUCCUUAUGUUUCCCAAAACCACCAUUCCAAACUAAGUGUAAAAUUGAAUGAGUUCUGUCCGUUUUGUGUGUUUCUUGUUGUCAGCUGGGUUGUUGUGUUUUUUUUUCACAUUGAUGUUAAAUGUUUGUUAAUGAUUUAUGAUUAAGUAACAGGAAGACGAGUAAUAAAAAGAGGAAUUCCUGUGAGGAAAAAAGAGGAAGUGAGCUUGAGCUUUAUAUCAAAUCUCUUUUCAGAACAGUACAAGAACCAUCUAUUCUCAGAGUCAAAGUUUUAGAUCUGAACUCUCAAAACUUUCUGCAGUCAUGUCUAUGGAAAGGGGAUGUGUUGCUUUGUUAACUGGGACCAUUGCCAUUGUCCUCCUGUCAAACACUGACUGCACAGCUGGAAAACAAGAUGGCCUGGGAAUUAAACUGUGCGUCACAACGAGGCGAGGACUGAAAGACUUCUCCUAUCAAAAUCUGACAGAUGUCCCCUCAGAUAUCUCUAAUGAAACUCAGUACUUGGAUAUUUCUCACAAUUUCAUCUGCAGAUUGAAUGGGACUCAGUUUGUGGGAUUGUCCCAGCUCUGUUUUCUGAAGGUGACACACUGCGGUCUGAGAGAGAUUUCCUCUGAUGUGUUUGACCACAUGCCAGUGCUGAAAGUCCUUGACAUAUCAUUCAAUGAUUUAUCAUUCAAACCUGACCUGUCACUGAAACAGCUAAAGAUUUUGGACUUGAGUAACAAUCUGUAUAACAGCUAUCGUUUACCUUCGUCUUAUCAGAACUUAACAAAGUUGGAGACGCUGUCAUUGGGCAGCACAGCUGCUGCAAUGGUCAGUUAUGAUGACUUUGAACCGUUAACAAAUGUGUCUCUACACCAUCUGAUUUUGGGAGCAGGAACCCAAUGGAGAAAAUAUGAUUCUGGUGCUCUUGCAAAAAUCAGAAUGCUCCAAAAGAUUUCCCUUCAUGCAUCUUUCUGUAAGAACUUCACAAUGUUGGAGAACCUUCUGUUGGAUUUGAAUAAAACCCAAGUGAAGUCUCUGAGGUUCAUCACUGUAUUUCCGAAUGACUGCCAUGUGAGCGGCGACCCAUUCAGACACCUGAGAACAAUGACGCUCAUAGAGAACAUCACAUUAGAAAACACUUGGAUAAACAGCUCUUUCCUGGAGGUUCUCCUAAAGGAUGUGUGGCUCUCCCCACUUCAUGACCUCUCAUUUGUGAACAUCACUUAUAAUGAAGACACACCAGAUGGGUUUCAAUUUCACACCAUCAACCACACGAUUAAUCUGUUCUCCAUCACGUUCAAUGGUGUAAAUCACUAUCAGUACAAGUAUCCGACUAUUAACAUGAGCUUUGAGGCUAUCUCCAAACUGACAUAUCUGAAGUUCUCUGGGACUGGGAUGAACAUUUUACCCUGCAAAGUCAUUUCUGCCUUGCCUUCCCUGGAGACCCUAGAUCUGUCAGACAACCUGUUAUCAGAAUCUGGUUUCUGGUGGCCUCUGUGUUCACACUCGUCUGCCUUUCCGAAACUGAAGCAACUGUCUUUAAGCAAAAACCGUUUCAUCAGUCUUUCCUUCAUAUCUCAGAAGAUGAAGGACAUGAAGACAUUGCGGUGCCUAGACCUCAGCUUUAACUCCAUCGUCUUGGAUGGAGGCUGCUCUUGGCCCCAGCAGCUGACUGAACUCAGCCUGGAGAGCAAUAACCUGGGCAACGAUGUCUUUAAGUAUCUGUCGUCUAACUUUGAGAGGAUUAACUUGUCAAAAACAGGAAUAACAGCAGUGACACAAGACGAUCUUUCUCAGUUCAAAAAGCUGAAACAUCUCAUUCUCAGUUCCAACAGCAUCCAAGUUCUCCCUGAAGACCUGAAUGUCCCCAAUCUUGAAAGUCUUUAUUUUGACCAGAAUGCAAUCACGUCUAUAUCCAAGGAGGUGCUGGCAGGACUACCAAGACUCAACACCCUCAGAGCUGGAAGCAACCCAUUUUCCUGUUCCUGUGAGUCAUAUUGGUUUGUUUCUGGGUUCAACAAGUCUUUGUUGGUGGACUGGCCAUUAGAUUAUACCUGCAAUACCCCACCAUCCCUUGCAGGCCGGUCUCUGUCUGAGUAUAAAACCAGUAAGCUGUCAUGUGAGGCUUGGCUCCAGGUUGCAGUGGCUUUGCCUACAGUGAUUGUGGUAUCUGCUGCUAUAAGUCUGCUUUUCUACAAGUAUGACGGGAUCUGGUACACAAAGAUGUUAUGGGUCUGGAUCAGAGUGAAAAGGCGAGGCAAGCAACGUUGCAAUGAAUUAAAUAGUGUAACAUUUUGUUACCACGCUUUUAUCUCGUAUAGUCAUCAGGACUCUGACUGGGUGGACAGCCAGCUGGUACCCUCCCUCGAAGGUGCCGGUUUUUCUCUUUGUGUCCAUGAGCGAGAUUUUGUCCCUGGUGAAUGGAUCAUAGACAACAUCAUUAACUGUGUGGAGUCCAGCUACAAGACACUGUUUGUACUGUCAAAGCACUUUGUGCAGAGUGAAUGGUGCAACUACGAGCUCUUCUUCGCUCAGCACCGAUCCAUCAGCGUCCAGAGCGACUCCAUGGUCUUCAUCUUACUGGAGCCCAUUCCAAUGGACUCACUUCCCAAGAAGUUCUUGAAACUUCGAAGCUUGCUGAGGCAGCAGACGUACCUCGAGUGGCCAAGUGAUGAACGGAAGCAGAAGUUCUUUUGGGCAAAUCUUAAAGCUAUGCUGAAGAUGGCAGAUAAAUCAGUUGUUCUGAAGGAAGUGGCUCAAGCCAUUUCAGAUACUCUUCCUCUUGUUACCGACCAAGUGUAAUUACAAGUCCUGCAGCAAGUUUGGUUUCUUUAAAAAUUAAAAGGUCAGCAGAAGACACAUAUCCCACUACUCUUCAUGCCAAAGUUUAAUCUAAGAUCAUGUUUCAUUGAAAUUUUGUAGCUUUUGUAGAGUUGUAGCUGUUUUAGUCAAACCUUAAAACAUGUUACACAGUUUCAUGCAAUUUCACAAGAUGUCACAGUCUCAGCUACUAUUUAUACAAUUUUAGCACAAUUUCUGUAAAAUUAAUGGACUUGUAGACAUGUUUGUCAGUUCAGUUGGCUGUGGCCGCCAUCUUUAACUAGGUUGACUUCAAAGGGUAAUUACCGUAUUUGUUCAAGUAUGAUACGUAAUAUUUAAUCCAUAAAAUCAUCCAUAAAGUUGCGGGGUAGUACU